AUGGCUCGUGAGAAGCGAACAAAGCCGUGCUUCAACUGCAAGCGGUCCAAGGUCAAGUGUAUAUACACGGACGUCUUGCCGUGUGAACGAUGUGUCAAAACUGGCCAAUCCAGUGGAUGUACUUUUGUUCCCAAGCUUCCUAAUCUUCGAUUACCGGUGAUAAACACCGAACCAACUCUUUACAAUGGCUUGAACCCUCCACGCCACCAACCUGUACAACACCACAACAACCACCCACAGCCAGGAAUGGUCUUGCCGCCCUUAACUCCUAUCUCCACGUCUGGGCCUGUCACAGGUCCGCUCCCUCAAGCACAGAAGACUCAUCAUAUACGACGGGGUGUAUCGCUAAUACCACCCAAGGACCAGCACAGUAAUGACAGCCAAUGGAAGAAUCAGAUGGAAGACAAAAUGAACAGCUUUGAUACCAAGUUGAACGAUUUGGUUGAUGUCUUACGAAGUAAUCAAAGAUUAUUGGUUCAACAACAAGAACAGUUCCAACUUCAACAGAACAGUAACCUCGAGUUGGAAAACGACACAAACAUGAACUCCUCUUUGAGCCGUCAGAUAAGUAGUGAGUCAACCUAUUCAAGUCGGAGUCUGGAUAACGAAAAUGUAUCCAAGCGGAGGAAAUUAACUGAUGAUGUAUUUAACGACUUUCGAAAUGAUAUUCUCACCUUGGACGAGGCAAAGGACUUGUUUCACUUUUUCGAUAAGAAUAUCACUCCUCAGUUGUUUGGAUUCGAGAUAGCCAAGUUCUCGGUUGACACCAUGUGGGAAACAUCGCCCAUAUUAAUUUGUGCCAUUUGUACCAUAUCUUCUAUGCACCAUCCAAACUCCAGUCUUUCUUCGAGGCACCUGAUGUUGCUGAAGCAUCUACAUAAACUUUGUGGGGACUUACUAUACCAAGGCCGUCCCAACACUGAAGUUGAUGCCUUUAAUACAAUUCUUGCAUUAAUAUUUUGCAGCUUUUGGUUAUCAGACUCACAAAUGUUUACUGGUUUGGCCCUUCAGAUGGCCAAAGAAGUUGGUUUAGACCGAACUGACCACAGUCAUCAUAGAAACGCUCCAGGAACUUUAAAUCCCAAAGAUAGGCUCAAGCUUUGGUAUUUGCUUUAUAUUCUCGAUGGUCAACAAAGUUUGACGUACAACAGACAACCAUUGGUCAAUUCUAGGGAGUACAGUCUUCAGCACAGUCGCAGUCUAUUGAUGCCCAACGACAAAACUAUAUCUAGUGGAGAAAAUCACGCUUACUUGUUACCUGAAACAGAACCCGAAGAGUCAAAAGAGGAGCACCGAGAACAACCCCCAUCGCCCACUUUUACGGAUAUGAGAAUAGUUUCACAAGUGGAAUAUAACCAAGCCCUCAGCGGCGCGUUUGCAGGGAACGCAUGGGAUUUGCUCACUCCCGCAUCACUUGGUAUUCCUUCCAAGAGUAAUUUGGAAUUGGAUAAGUGGAUGGUAUCAUGGACAGUGUUGUUGUCGCCCAUGAACAACGGUGCUGUUUGGUCCUCCAAAUCUACUUUGAUCUACUAUAACUUUGCAAAGAUGCACAUUAAUUCAUCGGCGGUCAGGCAAUUACAAGCCAAGAAUCCAAGAAGUGAUAAUGAGUUUCCUAAGCUUGAUCAACUACUGCAAGGACCAAAACGACCUGAACCUCCAAGACCAAACACAAGAUCCCCGGUUGAGGAAGAGAAAGAUUGGGAAGACUCGUCCGACGAUGACGAGGAGUUUAUCAGCAACGAAGAGUUGGUUCACAAGGAUGAAUCGACAAUUAAUGCUAACAUUGCAUUCACCGCAGCCCAAACAGUAUUGAAUUUAGUUCUCAACGACAAGGACAUCAAGGAGAACUUGAAGUAUGUUCCAGUACAUGUUCACAUAAUGCUUUACUACGCUUCGCUUUUAUUGGUUGAAGACCGAAUCAGCCUUGAAGUUGAUGAUGAUUUGGCGUCUCUGUUCAAGAAGUCUAUCAUCAACCUUGGAACACUUUCUUCGCUACGCCAGGUGAUUUCGGAUAAUUUUCCCGUUGACAAGAAUUUUGGUGAGAGGCUUAUCAUAAGUAUGGAUGAGCUCAUUGGAGAUAGAACUGCCAAGUUGAAGGUGAGUAUCUUGGAUUCAGACAUCGACAAAACCAUAAAACAGAAGCUAGCAGCCCAAUUGUCAUCUGUAGGAGAAACUGUCUCCACCAAAUUUGAACUAUUUGAAGAAAAGAGUACCAGAGGCUCGUCCCCGGGAAUUUACGCCUGGCCUGGUUCAAAUCACGGCCAUCCUUCCCAACAGUAAUUAUUCAUAGACGUCAUAUAUUCAUUGUACAUUAUUUAUUGCGA